CGCAAAAAUAUUCGGAAACAUUUAAUUAUUCUGUCGUUUUAAAUUACGUUACUAUAAACGACGAGCAUUCUGAGCAACUUUGUGAAUAUUAUAAGGCAAUAUUUGUGAUCGUGGUGUUUAGGAAUCUUUUAGAAAAUGGAUUUUAUUAACAUGUCGCUUGGGGUUCGAGGCUAUUAUAACAAUGGCUUCUAAUUUCAAAUAUGUAUAUUGUAUGCGUUUCAAUUCUGCUAAAUACUGUGACCUUUUAAAUAUUUAUUGAUAUAUUAGUGGCUAUACACGAUCUUAUAUUUAAGGAAUGGCUUCGAUGUCAAAUAAUGUAGAAAAUUUAUCACCUCAAACUAUACGAGGAGUCGUUAGAGAGAUGCAGGAGCUUUCAACCCAUCCACCUGAAGGAAUCAAAGUGCAAAUUAACGAGGAAGAUGUCACCGAUAUUCAAGCUUUUAUCGAUGGACCUGCUGGGACCCCAUAUAUGGGCGGCAUAUUCAAGGUAAAGCUUUCCCUAGGAAAAGACUUCCCACAAAUCCCACCAAAGGCGUUUUUUCUCACGAAAAUAUUCCAUCCAAACGUCGCCUCUAAUGGUGAAAUUUGCGUAAACACACUCAAAAAAGACUGGAAACCCGAUCUCGGAAUUAAACACAUACUCUUGACAAUAAAAUGCCUACUUAUAGUACCAAAUGCAGAGUCCGCUCUAAACGAAGAGGCUGGAAAAUUACUAUUGGAGCACUACGACGAUUACUACCAAAGAGCGAAAAUGAUGACUGAAAUACACGCACAGCCCCAAAAAGUAUCGAAGACCGGCCUAAUGGAGGGACCGCUAGCAAAAAAACAUGCAGGAGACAAAAAACUAACUGCCGAAAAGAAGAAGAUAUUGAAAGACAAGAAACGAACACUGAAACGUUUAUGAAAUUUAUUCUUCCUCCGUUUUAUAAGUAAUUUGUUUCGUGAACAUUCUAUGUAUAUAGGACUUCCAAAUAUAUAAAUUUAUUUUUCCGCA